AUGCCGCUCUGUCACUCUUCAGAUCUUAUCAAACUGCCCAAUAUAUGCCAGCAUGGAAAAUGGACAUUAGAUAAUGCUGAUGACAAUGAGUCCACUGCCGCCACCAACAAUGACGACUAUGGUGUUGGUGAUGAUGAAGUACUUCUCUUAAAUAUUACAUACUAUGUCAAGGAAGAAGGCAGACCUCACACCUAUAUAGGAGACAUUGCUGUUGACUCCAACUUAUCACACCCUCUCACACAUCAACAACACACUCUCAUUACAUUUACACAACUACAAAGGACAGUCGAGAGUGGUUCUCACUUAUUUAAUGUCACCAACUCAGGAAAACUAUACACUACUCAAACACUGGAUGCUGAGUCUCUGUGUACAUACAACAAGGAAUGUUCCAAAAUUGUCAAAGUAGCAGUGAGGAAAGAAGAAACUUUUAUGAAGAUUCUAAGGAUAAAAAUAUUAAUAGAAGACAUCAAUGACCACUCACCAGAAUUCCCAAAGAAUGAAGUUCAAAUUGAAUUUCUUGAGAGUCACCUUCAAGGUACUAAAAUCUCACUUUUAAAUGCCAUUGAUCAAGAUAUUUCAAUACAGAAUUCACAAAUAACAUAUAUGAUUAAGAAAAGUAAAAGAGAACCAUUUUCUCUCUCAGUUGAAAAGCGAUAUGAUGGUGUUUUCAUACCAGCUCUAGUUUUAGGAGACAAAUUAGACAGGGAACUCAAAGAUUCAUAUAUGUUGACUCUGGAAGCUAAAGAUGGAGGAAACCCUCCCAAAACAGCUAUACUCAAGGUACACAUAUCUGUGACAGAUGUCAAUGAUAAUGUACCUGUAUUUUCACAGAAACUUUACAACAUCUCUAUAAGUAAUUCACAUCAAAGACAUUUGCCAAUUUUUACUUUAAAGGCCACAGAUAAAGAUUCUGGAGACAAUGGAAAGAUUUCUUACCAUUUCAACCACAAAACCUCUCGAAAUAUCCAGAAAUAUUUUGUAUUAAAUAAGAAGACUGGAGAUCUGUUUUUACAUGACAGCUUUCAAUUUAGUAAAAAGCAAUCAUAUAAAUUAUUUAUUGAAGCACAGGAUGAAGGAAAUCCACAUUUAAGUUCUGUAACCAAAGUCCAGAUUCACAUUAUUAAUAACCAGAAUAAUGCUCCAUUGAUAAAUAUAGAUUUUGUAUCUCCUUUAUCAGAGAGCUCAGCAGCAGUUUCAGAAGCAAGUAAAAUUGGUAGUUUUAUAGCUUAUGUUAUGGUCACUGACACCGAUAAUGGACCUAAUGGUGAGGUUAUCUGUGAUUUAAAACAUGAUAAGUUUAAACUUGCCAAAAUAGAUUCUAAAGAAUAUAAAAUGAUUGUUAAGGGUCAUCUUGACAGAGAAAUAAGGGACCACUAUAAAGUAUCUAUUGUGUGUCAUGACAUGGGGUCACCUCAACUAGAAAGUAAAAAAUAUUUCUCUGUCAAAGUAACUGAUGUCAAUGAUGUAGAACCACAUUUUACCAAAGAGGCAUUCCAAUUCCUCACCUAUGAAAACCAGAAAGUUGACUUCCCUAUUGGCUUCAUCAAUGCUACUGACCCUGAUCUUGGAGAUGGAGGCCAACUUACAUAUUCUAUCAUCAAUGAUAACAACAAUGAUAACAUUCCUUUCCAACUGACAAAAUAUGGAUUCAUUUCUACAUCACAACCAAUAGAUCGAGAAAUGAAAGACAUCUAUAAGUUCAAGGUUUUAGUGAAAGAUAAUGGAACACCUUCUCUCAAUGACACUGCCAAUAUUGUUAUUGAGAUUCUAGAUAAAAAUGAUAAUGCUCCGUAUUUUACGUUUCCUAAUAAUGACCCUUACAAUCUCGAUGUCCACUACCAUCCACACAGUAAGAAGGACAUCACAAUUCUGAGAGCAUCUGACAAAGACACUGGAAACAAUGCUUUCCUCACAUAUGGAAUACUGAGAUCCAAUGAUAAAAACCUGUUUACAUUCAAUCAGCAACAACUGCUAUCAUACUAA